AUGUCUAGCUGCAUAGAUAUGGUGCCUGAGCAACUCUGCUACAUCCCUUGCAACUUCUGCAAUAUCGUGCUUGCGGUGAGCGUUCCAUGCAGCAAUCUGCUGGACAUAGUUACGGUCCGAUGCGGGCACUGCACCAACCUCUGGUCCGUCAACAUGGCCGCUGCCUUCCAGUACUCUCUCUCUUCCUGGCACCACCAGGGUGGAACUGGAAAUGGAAAUGGGAAUGCCUUUACUAGUAACCAGAACUAUCAUCAUGCUGCUGCUGUUGGUGGUGGAUCGUCUUCGUCUUCUGGCAAAUCGAACCCGGCGCCCAACAAGUUGUCGGCCAGGUCGUUGGCCCCGGCUAAAUUAGCCGAAGAACGAGUCAUCAACCGACCUCCCGAGAAGCGGCAGCGAGUGCCUUCUGCAUACAACCAGUUCAUAAAGGAGGAGAUCCAGAGGAUCAAGGCCAAUAACCCGGAUAUCAGUCACCGUGAGGCUUUUAGUACCGCCGCUAAAAAUUGGGCACACUUCCCUCACAUUCACUUUGGGUUGAUGUUGGAGACUAACAAGAAAACAACCUACUAA